AUGUAAUUAGCGCCGACUUCACGUUUUGAAGAUGGCAGCCGCCGUGAACACACCGACACCUGAGAUCAGUACAGCGAGCCAGACCGACGAUGGAUACGACAAGAAAUGCAUUUUCUGUAAAAUAGUGAAGGGCGAAAUGGGAACCGAGCUCCUGCAUAACGAUGAAACCGUGUCCUGUUUCAGAGACAUCCACCCUGGAGCUCCUCAUCACUAUCUGGUUGUACCAAGUAAACAUGUGGGCAAUUGUAAAUCUCUCGGCAAAGAGCAUGUAGCAUUAGUGGAGAAGUUGGUGGAGACGGGGAAAGAGAUACUUCAGAAGAGCGACGUGACCGAUUUAAAUGAUGUUCGGUUUGGCUUCCACUGGCCUCCAUUCUGCUCCGUCACACAUCUGCAUCUCCAUGUUCUCGCACCAGUCAGUCAAAUGGGCUUCAUGUCCCGCUUGAUCUACAGGCUAAACUCGUACUGGUUCGUAACGGCCGACCAGUUGCUCCAAAGGCUGAACUCUAUGAGCUAAACGAACAGGAAGCUAGAGGAACUCAAAAUACAUUCGUGUUUGAGACGCCCAGAGCCGCGUUCCUCAUAAUAACAGUCCUAGUCAAUAUGUUUGUGAUGACAAAAGGUCACAGACAUGUGCCUCAAGGUUGUAAUACUCAUAAUGCUGUGUUUUCUGUUAGUUAUAUCGUCAGCCAGACGUGCUAAUCAAAUUUGAAGCUAAAAAAACACUGCAGCUGCUUUUCAAUUGCUUUGGGGGCGAAAAAAAAAAAAGCAUGCUGAAUAGUAAUGACAUUGAUAAAUUUGACAGAAUCAUUAAUCUUUUACAAAGAACAGUUGGGAUUCUUCCAGUUUUACUAAAGUAAUAUGAUUUUUAAGGAUACAGGGCUGAGACAAAGAGUUUUUAAAUAUGAAUGAGCUAAAAAUGGUAAUUACUCUCAAUAAUUAGCUUUGACCUUUAACCUCACUGGCUGAAUGAUUUUGGCAUCAGAAUAUAUGUAUUUGUUAUUCUGUUCUGCAACACUGAUGAACGAGCAGCUAUGCCUUUUGUCCUUUAUAUGAAACUAAAUUAAGUUUUAACUCUGUUUAUGCCAUGGCAUAGAUUGUACUGUAUUGCCUCAGAUGUAUUAUUGAGAGGUGUAAAGUUGUGUGAUAUGCAUAAGCAUGUAAAGAAAUAAUAAUAUAAUAACCUGCA